AUGGACCUACCUGUGGAAAAGUGGAAGUUUUAUGUUCAGCAGAAAUGGGCUUUGCUGGAGCCAGCCCUGAAGGAGAGGUUGUGCCCAGCCCUGUCACUCCGGGAUCGCUUUCUUCUGGUCUCGUCUUUGUUCCAGCCCGAGGAUGAAGAGUACUUACACGGCCUGGCCAGGAACUACUGUGUGAAGAAAGAUCCUCAAAUGGUGCUACUCUACAAGGCGGAAGGGAAUGAGAGAUUUCGGAAGAAGGCGUACCGAGCAGCAGGGAUGCUCUAUUCCAAGGCGUUGUCCCACACAGAGGUCAGUACUCCAGAAAGGGCAGUGUGUUACGCCAACCGCUCAGCGGCCCUAUUUCACCUGGACCAGUUUGAGGUGUGCCUGGAAGAUAUUGGGAGGGCUCUGGCCGAGGGCUACCCACACAGACUGCGCCCUAAGCUCUUGCUGCGGAAAGCAGAAUGCCUCCUUUCUCUAGGGAGAUCCAGGGAAGCGACCGAUGCUCUGUGUGGUUUGGAGAGCGAAAUAUCCGCAGACCAGAGUCCGACAGCUAACAGCCAGCAGGUGCUGCUUAGCAAACUCGGCCAGCUGAAAACAAAAGCCUGUAAGGGGAACAGCUUUGUCCAUCAGCCCGCCGUGCCCGGUCGAACCCAGGAGGCCCUUGAGCCUUGGGAGGAAAACAGCAGGAUUUCAUGCACCUCUGGAGCGGUGAGCUUGCAAGUCUCCCCGAAUAAAGGGCGCCACUUGGUUGCUGCCAGGGAUGUUCUGCCCGGGGAACUCUUAGUGAAGGAAGAGGCAUUUGCCAGCGUGCUGCGCCCAGGAAAAGGCCUCUUGCUCCGAGGCAGUGCUGAGAAAAAACUGAACGAGCCAUUUGAGAACGAAGAUCUUCACUGCCACUGUUGCUUGAGGCAGUUGCUGGCUUCCAUUCCCUGCCAGGGCUGCAGCUAUGCCAAGUACUGUAGCCAGAUGUGCUCGCAGCUGGCGUGGGAGAAUUACCACCGGAGAGAGUGCUCCCUCGGGGGACUUCUUCUCACGCUGGGGGUUUUCUGCCACGUGGCCUUCCGAACUGUUCUGGUGGCCGGCUUUGCAGAGGUUCACGCUCUAACCGCGCAGUCGCACAGGGAGGGUUCAGGGGAGGCUGAUGUUGCCGAAGCCCCGGCUUCCAAGGAGCAGGACUUGGCCUCCGUGCCUGGUUGCGAUGCCAAUGGGCGGUACCAUAGCUCCUCCCGGGCCAUCUUCAGCCUUCUGCCCCACGCCAAGAAGCAGAGUCCGGAAUUCCUGUUCCUCUGCAGCCUGAGCGUAGCAGCCUUGUGCAAGAGGCUUGGAGAGGCCAGCCUGGCAGCUCCAGCUUGGGUGAAGAGCGCAUCUGAGAGCCAGGCAGGAGUAACAGCUGCUGAGGCUUCUCCUGAGCUGAAGAUCUUGGGGGAGGCCAUGCUGAAGCUCAUGUUGCAGCUACGGUGCAAUGCGCAGGCCAUAACUAUAGUGCGAGAGUCAGGGUCUGGAGACAAACCGGUUGCUAGAAGUGAGCAGGUACGCUUGGCCGUGGCGCUUUUCCCCGUGGUCAGCCUGCUGAACCAUUCCUGUGACCCGAACACCAGCGUGACUUUCAGCAGCACCACCGCUGAGAUCAGGGCUUUGCGGCCAAUUGCUAAAGGGCAAGAGAUUCUUCACUGCUAUGGACCUCACAAGUGCCGAAUGGGGGCUGCUGAAAGACACAAAGAGCUCCUUGCGCAGUAUUUCUUUGAAUGUCAGUGCCAGGCCUGCUACAGUGAGCUGGGAUCCAAUGGCAGGAGGGGAGUGUCCCCGCACAGUGCCUUCCGUUGCCCUACCUGCCAGGCACCACUGCAGGGGGAGAGCAUGCUCUGUUGUUCUCGUGGGACCUGCGAGGUGCUGAUCCCUGAAGAUCGCUUGCUGCGUCAGUUGCGGGAACUCCAGCUGCUAACCAAGACUGCCCUGGAGAUGCUUGAAAACAGCCAGCCAGAUCAGUCGGUGAAGCUGCUGAUGAGAUGCAGGUCAGAAGCUGAAAGACUCCUCUGUCCAGAGCACUUGAUGAUGGGCGAGAUGGAGGAUCACUUGGCACGAGCAUAUGCAACCCUGGGGAAGUGGCAGGAGGCAGCAAGGCAUCUGGAGAGCAGCAUACGGGCCGUAGAAGCCCAUUAUGGGCCCUCCAGCAUUGAAGUGGGUCAGGAGCUUUUCAAGCUGGCACAGAUCCUCUUUAACGGGUGUGCUGUGCCAGAAGCCCUAAACAUUAUUCAGAAGGCUGAAAGGAUCUUGUCAGUGCACUUGGGUCUCCAGAGCACCCAGGUCCAAGAGCUGCAAGAGAUGAAAGUCUACCUCCAAGAAUCGCUGGGCGCCUCCAUUGCAACAGGAAGCUCAUGGUUGUCAUAG